AUGUCGUUUCUCGCCCUCGAAGGCCUUCAUGCCUUCGUUACGGGCGCAGCAGGUGGAAUCGGCCAAGCAAUAGUCGCGGAACUACUGGCCGCCGGCUGCAAAGUAACAGCCCACGACCGGCGACCCUCCCCACUGCCACAGAAUCCCAAUCUUUACACCAUUAGAGGAGACAUAUCCGACGAAGCCUCAAUCCAAGAUGGCAUGUCCCUCGCGCGCGCCCACUUCGGCCCCAUACACGUCUGCUGCCCUAAUGCCGGCAUAACGGAUGAGUCCAACGAGUACCCCAUCUGGCGCAUGCCAACAGACCUCUGGGACAAGACCUACGCCAUCAACGUUCGCGGGACAUUCCUCACCAUCAAGCAUUUCCUACUCGCCGCCGAGGCGUCUCAAAAAGGAGAGCUAGGCGGCACGGAGCUCCCCAACCUCGCCAUCGUCCUCACCGGCAGCGAGUGCGGCAAGUUCGGGCAAGCCGGGCACGUCGAGUACGCGUCUGGCAAGGCGGGACUGCAGUAUGGGCUUGUGAGGAGCGUGAAGAACGAGAUGGUGCGGCUGAACGCGAAGGCGAGGAUUAAUGCUGUGGCCCCGGGGUGGGUCGACACGCCGCUGAUUGAGGGCAGGCUGGAUGAUCCUAGGGAGAUGUGGCGGGAGGCGCAGGCGACGGUGCCGCUGAGGAAGAUUGCGAAACCGGAGGAUGUUGCGAGAACGGUUGCGUUCCUGGCGAGUCAUAGGGCUGCGGGACACAUCUCGGGGGAGGUUAUUAGUGUAGAUGGAGGGAUGGAGGGUAGGGUGGUUUGGUCGGAGGACGAGGUUCUUGAGAAACAGCAAGCGAAAGAGGAGGUAGACCCGCCUGGUGCGGUGUCGAUCCCCCAAACCGUCUCAAGCAAGCCAAAGAACACGAUCAAGAUCGCACUCUCAGUCGACUUCGACGCUGUGAGCGGAUGGCUAGGCACCGGCUCUCACCCAGACAACAACCUCUCCGACUUGUCGAGUGGAUUCUUCUCUGCACAGGUGGGAGUUCGCAGGUUGCUGAGACUGUUCAGCAAGCUUGGUAUCUCGGACAAAAUCACAUGGUUCGUCCCAGGGCAUUCCCUGGAGAGCUUUCCUGAGCAAACUCGCCAGAUUCUCGAUUCCGGAUGCGAGCUUGGACUGCACGGCUAUUGCCACGAGGGUGCCCCUCAGCUCACCGAGAAACAAGAGCGCGAGGUUCUGGAAAUGUGCAUUGAGGUCGCCACUUCCUUGACGGGAAAGAAGCCUGUGGGCUACCGCGCACCGCUCUAUCAACUCCGCGAGUCCACUAUCGGCCUACUCGAGGAGCACGGCUUCUUGUAUGACACGUCACUUGCCCACCAUGACAGCACACCCUACUACGUUCCCCGUCGACCGCCCGUUAAAGCGCCUGUUUACCGUGCCGAUGCGAGUGCUGCGGACUGGAUGCACCCGCUACCCGCGGCCCUACCACCCACGCCAAAGACACUGGUCGAAAUCCCUUGUAACUGGUACAUGGAGGACAUGACGCCCAUGCAGUUUUGGCCGCAUACGGAGAACUCGCAUGGCUAUGUCGACUCAAGGGUCAUCGAGCGGAUGUGGAUGGACCGAUUCGACUUUUUGCAGAGUGAGAUGGAAGACGGAUCAGAAGGGGAGACGACCAUCUUCCCAUUGGUCUUGCAUCCCGAUACGAGUGGAAUGGCGCAUGUUCUGCCUAUGAUUGAGAGGUUCUUGAGAUGGGUACAGUCGCGGCAGGAUGAGGUCGAGUUCAUGACCUACAGUCAGAUUGCGGAAACGUGGAAAGCGGAUCACCACACGUGA